CAGCCAUAUUGACUCGUCUGCACCUCGUCUCCGGCCGCAGGGAGCCUGGCUGGCGGAGGAGGAGGAGGAGCAGCGCGGCACAUAUACGCACCGUGUCCGGUAAACGGCGCAGAGCAGAGCACAGGACGGGAAGGCUGAGACGCACUAUUUAUACUCGGUCGUGGAUAUAUAAAGUAGUGCUGCCCGCUGGAGGAGGAGGGGGGGUCAUCCUCCGCGCGUUAGAGGCGCCGGUGCCCCGGAGGGAGGCAGGAAGACGGAGGACGACUUCUUUGCGGUUUCUCAGACACAGGGGACGGGCGGAGAGCGGAGGACGAUGCCCAAACCGGUCAACGUGCGCGUCACCACCAUGGACGCGGAGCUGGAGUUUGCCAUCCAGCCCAACACCACAGGCAAACAGCUCUUCGACCAGGUGGUGAAGACGGUGGGUUUGAGGGAGGUCUGGUUCUUCGGCCUCCAGUACACCGACAGUAAAGGCUACGUGACGUGGCUCAAACUCAACAAGAAGGUGACCCAGCAGGACGUGAAGAAGGAGAACCCGCUGCAGUUCAAGUUCCGAGCGAAGUUCUUCCCGGAGGACGUGUCCGAGGAGCUGAUCCAGGAGAUCACGCAGAGGCUCUUCUUCCUGCAGGUGAAGGAGGCCAUCCUGAACGACGACAACUACUGCCCGCCGGAGACCGCCGUGCUGCUGGCCUCGUACGCCGUCCAGGCCAAGUACGGCGACCACAGCCAAGACGCCCACAAGCCCGGCUACCUGGCCUCCGACCGGCUCCUGCCACAGAGAGUUCUGGAGCAACACAAGCUGACAAAGGAACAGUGGGAGGACAGAAUACAGACGUGGCACGAGGAACACAGGAGCAUGCUCAGGGAGGACGCAAUGAUGGAGUAUCUGAAGAUCGCUCAGGACCUGGAGAUGUACGGCGUCAACUACUUUGAAAUCAAAAACAAGAAGGGCACGGAGCUGUGGCUCGGGGUCGACGCCCUGGGGCUCAACAUCUACGAGCAUGAAGACAAGUUGACGCCAAAGAUCGGCUUCCCCUGGAGCGAGAUCAGAAACAUCUCCUUCAACGACAAGAAGUUCGUCAUCAAGCCCAUCGACAAGAAAGCUCCGGAUUUUGUGUUUUACGCCCCUCGGUUGCGCAUCAACAAGCGCAUCCUGGCGCUGUGUAUGGGAAACCACGAGCUGUACAUGCGGAGGAGGAAGCCCGACACCAUCGAGGUGCAGCAGAUGAAGGCGCAGGCCCGAGAGGAGAAGCACCACAAACAGAUGGAGAGAGCGCAGCUGGAGAACGAGAAGAAGAAGCGCGAGCACGCGGAGAAGGAGAAGGAGCGGAUAGAGCGAGAGAAGGACGAGCUGAUGGAGAGGCUGCGGCAGAUCGAGGAGCAGACGCACAGAGCUCAGAGAGAGCUGGAGGAGCAGACCCGCAGGGCGCUGGAGCUGGAGCAGGAGAGGAAGUGGGCGAAGGAGGAGGCGGAGCGUCUGGAGAGGGAGAAGCAGGCGGCCGAGGAGGCCAAGGCGUCGCUGGCCCGGCGGGCCGCCGACCAGAUGAAGAACCACGAACAGCUGGCUGCUGAACUAGCGGAGUUCACCGCCAAAAUCGCCCUGCUGGAGGAGGCCAAGAGGAAAAAAGAAGACGAGGCGACAGAGUGGCAACACAAAGCCCUGUCGGCACAGGAGGACCUGGAGAAGACGCGGGAGGAGCUGAAGACGGCCGUCAUGACCCCGCCGGCGCCCCCCGACGACGACGAGCAGGACGGAGCGGACGCCCAGGCGAGCGCCGAGCUGCUCAGCGACGGCGGCGUCAGGCGCCGCAGCGAAGAGGAGCGCGUCACCGAGGCGCAGAAGAACGAGCGCGUCAAGAAACAGCUGCAGGCCCUGAGUUCAGAGUUGGCCGAGGCCCGCGACGACACAAAGAAAACGCAGAACGACCUGCUGCACGCCGAAAACGUCCGGGCGGGAAGGGACAAGUACAAAACCCUGCGGCAGAUCCGCCAGGGCAACACCAAGCAGCGCAUCGACGAGUUCGAGUCCAUGUGAGCCGCCGCGAAGGACGUCGACGCCGGGCUGACACAGCGACGACGACGAAGAGGGGGCGGUUUGUCUCGUUGCCAUGCCAACCACUCUCCUCCUCCUGCUCCGGCUCCUGUCAGGAGAGAGACCAGCUGACCGGCUUCUGUAGCUUCAGCCUCGCCAAAGCUCUGCCGAGCAGCGGUUAGCCAAUCACAGCGCUACCUGCUUUUUAGAGCUCCGCCCCCCCCCCAAAACCCAACCCCCUCAACAAAGCACAUGUCUUUUAAUCUGUUUGGAAAAAUAGAAAGCAAAACAUAUUCUGUCCCACAUGAGCUCCUCCCUUUUUACAGUACUGACCAUGUCAACGCCCGCAUGUACAGUACGAUGAAUAAACAGCAACAGGGCCGUGAGUUGAAAGUGGGAACCGGACGGAAUUAGCUUUUUACUCAACAAAAUAAAAAUGGGCCAUCUGUAGCUUUCUCUGACGUUGCUUUGGCACACUUGUCCAUAAAGCUUUAAUAUCUGUACCUUACUUUGACUUCUUCUUUGUCAUCAGUCGAACAAUUUCAAUAAUUUGUUUAAAAAAUGAAAUAAGAAAACGCUUUAUUCUU